CUGUAUAAAAGAGGAUCCCCUCGCCCUCAUCCCCGCCCCGCGCGCCGAUUCCACUAGGUUUUCCAACUCCCCUGCAACCGCCGCCGCCACCUCCCCUCCCCCCACCACACCCUCAGCCAUGGCGGUCGCGGAGCCGGUGCCCGGGGGCGACGUGAAGCUCUUCAACCGCUGGACCUUCGAGGAUGUUCAGGUGACCGACAUCUCGCUGAACGACUACCUCGCGGUGACGUCGAUGAAGCACUACACUUUCCUGCCGCACUCCGCCGGUCGCUACUCGGCCAAGCGCUUCCGCAAGGCGCAGUGCCCCAUCAUCGAGCGCCUCACCAACUCCCUCAUGAUGCACGGGCGCAACAACGGAAAGAAGAUCAUGGCCGUCCGCAUCAUCAAGCACACCAUGGAGAUCAUCCACCUCCUCACCGACGCCAACCCCAUCCAGAUCAUCGUUGAUGCCAUCAUCAACAGUGGUCCACGUGAGGAUGCUACCCGUAUUGGGUCUGCUGGUGUUGUGAGGAGGCAGGCUGUGGAUAUCUCCCCCCUGAGGAGGGUGAACCAGGCUAUCUACCUUCUGACCACUGGUGCCAGGGAGAGCGCCUUCAGGAACGUCAAGACCAUUGCUGAGUGCCUUGCUGAUGAGCUGAUCAAUGCUGCCAAGGGCUCAUCCAACAGCUACGCCAUCAAGAAGAAGGACGAGAUUGAGCGUGUUGCCAAGGCUAACCGUUAAGAUGGAUGUGCAUCUGAGGGUCUCGCUUUUGGCUGGAGAUUUUGAAGUGAAUGUGUUUUACAAGAUAUCUAGAACUGUUUUAGCUAUGCGUUAAGUUUUAUGGAAUGAACAUUUCGAUGUAGUGGCAAGAACGUGCCUGAUGCUUGUCUUUGUGAAACCUAUUCCUGUUCAGACAUAUUUGGAUAUGUUGAAUGUCGAUGUGUUCUGUCAUAAUAUGUCUUGGUUUGAUCUA